GCAUCCGCUUCCCCAUUCUUCGCUUUUUUCCUCUUAUCCCUCCCCCCGUCUCUUUUUUCUUACCUUCCUUUUUCUUUUUUGAUGCUUCGGGCAUUCGGCUUGUUGUGUUUGACACACUAUUGCAGUUGACCCUGACAUCCUUUCGUUAACCCAAAAAAACCAAAAAAAAAGGAGAAAAAAGCCCACACUUCCUAAUUUAUACCCGUUAACGCUCCGCUUUGCCCACUCUGCGAACCCACCGAAUUCUCCCUCACCCUUACGACGAAAUCCUUUGAUGCUCUUUCGAUUCGAAUCCCUCAUCAGAACUCGAAUCCGGUAGUGCAGCCACUGGACUGGUCUGUGCCCCGUUCAUCAUCGCAUAAGAGUGUUUGGGUUAUCACGCUUCAGAAAAGAAUAAAAGUGUCUCCGUCUUUAGAGAGAUUGUGCGAAUUUUCUUCGGUCAAAACCGGUUUUUGUUAACGGCCGCACGACUGUCAAUUUGGAGCCCCGCCUGCUCGAUCAAGGCUCCUUUCGAUACUACGCAAACUCAGCAGGUGCUGCAGGUGUUUUGCAGUAAUAUCUUAUUCUUCUUCCACCUGUAUUUGUUAUACAUCGAAGCCAGAAGGCAAUAAGAAAGGAAAAAAAAAAAAGAGAGAGAAGCCUGUAGUCGGCUUUUCCUUGAUCGACAUCACUUUCAUUUCGUGCCUCAUGGCAAGUCACAUCAUUGGCAAUCGCAAUAGCACUCCGGACGCUUCCAAAUCCACCCUUCGGCCCCCGUCGUCAUCCCGCAACUUAGGUACGCAUCAGCUUCGAGCGUCUGCCGAUAUGUCGGGCUUUCCGUCCCCUCUGUCGUCUCGCAGCAUCCGUCCGUCGUCGGAGGUGUACUUCAAUCAGCAGUCCCAGGCGUCGAACAAUGCAGAGGACCCACUGGAUCGUGCGGCUCAGCAGUGGCUCGCUGAUAUCGAUCAGUACGAGACAACACUAGAAGAAAUGGCGGCUGCCACGCUUGACCAGGACUUCAAGGAUGAGCUCAGUGCUAUCGAGCAAUGGUUUCGUGUGCUCAGCGAAGCUGAACGCACCGCCGCCUUGUAUGCUCUACUUCAGCAGACCACUCAGGUGCAGAUCCGUUUCUUUAUCCAGGUUUUGCAGCAAAUGGCCAAGAGCCACCCCAUGUCGGGAUUGCUGUCGCCUGCGAACUUUGGAGAAAAGGAUGCUAUGUCAAACCGCCUGAACGACGCGAUGUCUAAAUUGAACGUGGAUAGCUCUCGGAACUCUCUAGGCCGUCCUCCGCCAUCCCCAGGUGCCAAGCGCAACUCGGGGUUGGAUUCUUCCACCAUCAAUGCUAUGUUCCCUGAUGCCGCUGCAGCCAUCGCGAAGAAAAAGGCCGAGUUCACUCAGCAGACUGGCAAUGCUCCUCCCUCAAACCGUAACAGUGCUGUAUUUGGAGAUCGGACUUCAUUCGUUGCACCCACCAUCUCCGCUCCGGAUAACACCACGGACAACCUGGGUCAGCCCCCUGUGUCUCCAUGGGCUCAACGGGGUCCCGAAAGUCAGCCUCCCAUUGCUCGACCCAAGUCGUCCUCUGGCCAGCAGCCGAUGGGGCAGUUUAGUCAGGCUUCCUCUGGCCUUCGUUCUCCCCUCCCCCAGACUGCAACGAUUCCCGCGCCCGAAAUUGAGGCUCCUCUUCUGUCGCCAUACAAUGUCGGGAAUGCCAGCUGGGCUUCUAUGACCAAUACUCCAAUGACAGCUACUUUUGCGCAGCAGCAACAACACCAGCAACAACAGAACUCGCAGGCUGACAUGGUGGCCAAUGCGACGGCGAUGAAGCUGGCUGCAUUGUCGACUGUGAACAACCGCAUUGCGCUCGAUGAUGCUCGGAAAUACCGCCGCGCUCGCUCUAACGACGGACAGGGGAAGAACGCCAAUGUACACAUCAACCAGAACAUGCCUCAAGGCGGCCUCGCAAGCCCGGGUCUUCCGGGCCCCAACCACCUUGUUGCUGGACAACUAUUGAACGCGCAACAGCUGGCAGCACUGCAGGCGCAACAACAGGCCGCUAUGGCGGGUCGGCGGUCCCGCCCCACUUCUCCUGGAAUUGCUAUGCAAGGAGGCUCUCUCGGUCCAAUGGGAUUCACUUCCCCUCAGAACAACGGGUUCCUGGCGGCGUAUGACCCGAAUAAUCCUCUCAUGGGCAAUGGGCUAGGUGCGCUUGGCAUUGGACAGUUUGGACUCGGCGGUCACGAAGGAUAUCUUUCGGAUCACUCGGAGGUCACUCGCGGUCGCUCUCCACGAGGCCGUCGUGGUAGCUCCAAGCCGCCAGAGGAUCCCACCGAUCCUAGUUUGUUGAAGGACAUUCCCAGCUGGCUGAGGUCUCUGCGUUUGCAUAAAUAUACGGAUAAUCUGAAGGAUCUAAAAUGGACCGAGCUGGUUGAGCUUAACGACAAAGCUCUGGAGGAGCGCGGCGUUAAUGCUCUCGGCGCUAGGAACAAGAUGCUCAAGGUGAGUCCAUCGCCAGAUGUAAAUAGUACUGGAGAACUCAACACUAACAGAGCUGCAGGUCUUUGAACAGGUCAGAGAGGCCAAGAAUGACGGCAAGCUCGACAAUAUUAUGUGAAGGGGGGCGUCUUUGUUCCUCAGUCUUUGAUUUUUCUCUUUUAUCUUUCUUUUCUAACAUUCUCUCCAUUGCAUUAAUUUGACUAGAUUGAGAUUGGGCAUAAGUGGCAGGAUCCGAUUAUAUCCAUGAGUGAUUCAUUGGAUGACCUUUUGAGGAGGAAAGUCGUGUACUAAUCGAUUCGAGACAUUGUCUGAUCACAUAUUGGAUGAGUGACUGAAGCUCUGUAUGUAUUUGUUUGAUGGAUUUGGCUAUUGGGCUGCCUUCAACAGUUCCGGCGGCCUUGACGCAUAUGGGAGGCCCGGUUGUGUCCCAGGUGUAACGAGGCCAGGAAAAUGGUUUAUGACAAGAAUGAGGCUUGACUGAUUGGCUUGAAGCUUUGAUGUUAUGUUAGGUAUAUUACUGAUUAAUUAACGACUACCAUCUAUACGGGGUGAAGUGAUUCCAUACUAUACAUACCAUGCUUCC